UUAAGCGGGACUGCGAAUGACAUCACCUCAUUUACAUAGGAGCGUGCAUAUAGCUGCGCUCGCCGCACCCCUCCCGACAAUCCGCAGCGGCCUCUGAGCAGAUCGGACUCUCCUUGUUCGCGCACUUCGCUCGGCUCCUUCCGGCAACCAUGUCUGACAAACCCGAUAUGGCUGAGAUCGAGAAAUUCGAUAAGUCGAAAUUGAAGAAGACAGAAACGCAAGAGAAAAAUCCUCUGCCUUCAAAAGAAACGAUUGAACAGGAGAAGCAAGCUGGCGAAUCGUAAUGAGGCGAGCGCCGCCAAUAUGCACUGUACAUUCCACAAGCAUUGCCUUCUUAUUUUACUUCUUUUAGCUGUUUAACUUUGUAAGAUGCAAAGAGGUUGGAUCAAGUUUAAAUGACUGUGCUGCCCCUUUCACAUCAAAGAAUCAGAACUACUGACCAGGAAGGCCUCCCCUGCCUCUCCCACCCAUCUGUCGGUCUGGCUGGCAGGGAAGGGAAAGAACUUGUAUGUUGGUGAAGGAAAAAGCUGGGUGGGAGGUGGUGAAAUACAGAGUCAAAUUCAAGGUGUCCUGCAGGAUGUAAAAUGCAGUUUAAUCAGAGUGCCAUUUUUUUGUUCAAAUGAUUUUAAUUAUUGGAAUGCACAAUUUUUUUAAUAUGCAAAUAAAGUUUUAAAACCUG